AUGUCGGCCUACGGCUAUUUCCAAGACGAGGAUCCGUUGGCGAUGUACAACAUGAUCAGACGAGGUCCUCCCAAACGCUUCGAUGAAUAUUACCGCUGCUACCCCACGGUCAUGCUCCCCGGCCCAGAGCGAGAAGAUCUCAACUAUGGCGGAAAGAUCAUUAUGCCACCCUCCGCUCUAGAGAAAUUGACCAGACUGCACAUCACCUACCCAAUGCUCUUCGAGCUCUUCAACGGCCAAGCAGAGAGAACCACACACUGUGGUGUCUUAGAGUUCAUUGCUGAAGAAGGGAAGGUGUAUCUGCCACACUGGAUGAUGCAAACCCUCGUCCUCGACACUGGUGACCUUAUCCAAAUAAAGUCCACCGACCUGCCCUCCGCCUCCCUCGUCAAGCUUCAACCACAAGAUACCAACUUCCUCGAGAUCACCGACCCGAAAGCCGUCCUCGAGAAAGCCUUCCGCCAAUUCUCCACCCUCACAAAAGGCGACAUCUUCUCCUUCAAAUACAACGACACUAUCUACGACGUCGCAGUCCUCGAAGUAAAACCCACAUCCGACAAGCUUGGUGUCUCGAUGCUGGAAACCGAUGUCUCCGUAGACUUUGCUCCCCCAGUUGGCUACAAGGAACCACAAUCAAGCCGUACGAGCGGAACUUCGACACCGAGAUCUGCGGCCGGUUUACCUGCUGGAGGGAUGCUGCAUAGUCAGGGCUCGAUGGCACAAGCAAUAAACUACGAUGCUAUUGCACCAUCUUCUAGCUCCGCUGCCGUAGGCGCAAAAGCCGUCUCCUCUAACUUCCUUCUCGGUGGCCAGAAACUCAACUCCAAGAAAGGCUCCAAAGCUCCGACACCCAAGGCCAGCACACCAAUUGCAGGACAGAGCACCAAUACACCGAAGACGAUUACAAGAAGAACUAAUGGUCCCCAACCCCUGAGAUUGGCCCCGAAUAAGCUGUUCUUCGGGUAUGAGAUCAAGCCCGUUAAGACGGACGCGGAUAGGGAGAAGGAGAAUCAGGGGCAGCUGCAGCCACAUUUUGCAGGCCAGGGACAGACGCUGAGUGGACGAGUGAAGAAGGACAAGGACGAGAAGAAAGAGGAGAAGAAGCCUGCAGAGAAGAAGCCGGAGGUGGGACGGAGAUUGGAUGGUCGGAAGGUUACGUAG